UAGACAUGAAUAUAGCUAGAGCUGUCUUUAUAAAAAGGGUUAAGCCUUAAGGGUCUGAACCAAACAGUUAACUGACUCACGACUUAUAGCAAUAACAUGGAAAAUAAGGAUAAAGACAAAGCUAAGCGUCGGGAUCUGUUUGUGUUUGUUCGCCAGACAAUGUGCAUUGCCGCCAUGUAUCCUUUUGGCUAUUACCUCAAAGGCUCUGGCUUUCUGGCUUAUGUGGUCCGAGUCCUGGAUGUGCUCUACGAACUCUUCAACUACUUUGUUUCAGUGCAUAUAGCUGGAUUGUUCAUCUGCACCAUCUAUAUAAACUAUGGACAAGGGGACUUGGACUUCUUCGUAAACUGCCUGAUACAGACGAUCAUCUAUAUCUGGACCAUUGCCAUGAAGCUGUACUUUCGAAGGCUCAGGCCCAGGUUGUUGGACGACAUCUUGGCCUCGAUUAAUGACAAGUAUGAGCCGCGCUCCGCUGUCGGAUUCAGCUAUGUGACCAUGGCGGAGGCAUAUCGGAUAUCCAAGCUGUGGAUCAAGACCUAUGUGUACUGCUGCUAUAUAGGAACCAUCUUCUGGCUGGCUCUUCCCAUUGUUUAUAGGGACAAGAGCUUGCCGCUGGCCUGUUGGUAUCCCUUUGAUUACACGCAACCCAUUGUUUAUGAGGUUGUGUUCUUCUUGCAGGCAAUGGGUCAGAUCCAGGUGGCGGCUUCUUUUGCCUCCUCAAGUGGCCUUCAUAUGGUGCUGUGUGUCCUAAUAUCGGGGCAAUACGACGUUCUCUUUUGCAGUCUGAAAAAUGUAUUGGCCACUACUUACGUACUAAUGGGAGCUAAUAUGGCCGAACUGAGGACACUACAGGCUGAGCAGUCUGUGUCCGAUGAGGAACCCAGUCAAUAUGCUUACUCCUUGGAGGAGCAGACACCUCUGCAGGACCUGCUCCACCACACACCUCAAACGGGAUACCCUGGCGAUUUUCGGAAGGCCUUUCGCCAGUCCUUUGUGCACUGCGUUCAGCACCAUCGUUAUAUAGUGGCCGCCUUGAAACAAAUGGAGCGCUUUUACAGUCCAAUUUGGUUUGUGAAGAUCGGAGAGGUAACCUUUCUCAUGUGCCUCGUGGCUUUCGUUUCGACAAAAAGUACCACUGCCAACUCGUUCAUGCGAAUGGUGUCUUUGGGCCAGUAUUUGCUGCUGGUGCUGUAUGAACUAUUUAUUAUUUGCUAUUUCGCCGACAUUGUGUACCAAAACAGCCAGCGAUGUGGCGAGGCCCUGUGGCGAAGUCCCUGGCAGCGGCAUCUGAAGGAGGUCCGGAGCGAUUUCCUCUUUUUUACGCUAAACUCACGGAGGCAGUUCCAGUUGACUGCUGGGAAAAUAACCAACUUGAAUGUGGAACGGUUCCGGGGGACUAUCACAACUGCCUUCUCCUUUCUCACCUUGUUGCAAAAAAUGGACGCUCGAGGUUAG